UUUUAGCAACAAAGGAGCACACACCUUGAUCCUUGAUUGGUAAGAAGACACAAAAGAAGGCUGCUUCAGAGAAGCCAUUUGCCAGCAGGAUUCAUUCAUGUUGAGGACCAAGGAAGGCACUCAAGCACCUGCAAUAAACUCCACUUAAAUUCAGUGUCUGUAUGAUAAUUAAGAAAUCACAAUACCUUGUAUUGAUAAUUAUUACAAAUGUAUGUUCCCCAGAAGUUAAAUAUUGCCUGAAAGAUCCAAUAAAAAUAAUGACAGCUGGGGCACCUGGGUGGCUCAGUUGGCUAAGCCUCCGACUCCUGAUUUCUGGUCAGGUCAUGAUCUCAUGGUUAGUGGGUUCGAGCCCCAUGUGGGACUGUGUGCUGAUGGCGUGGAACCUGCUUGGGAUUCUUUUUCUCUCUGUCUCUCUCUCUCCCCCACUCACCCCUCCCCUACUGGUGUUCUCUCUCACGAAAUAAAUCGUUAAAAAAAAAAAAAUGAUAGCUACUUUACUGAAUGCCUGUCAAUUCACUUGAUCUUUCCCUAAAUCAAGGUAGGUGUGUCCCCUUUGGUCAGGCACCCUUAAAAUCUGUUGCCACAUAUUCUCCCCAGGUUUUUCUAACAGUUUUUAGAAUAUUAAAAAAUUUUAUUUUGAGUAUGAUUACACACUUGCUGAUUCUGAUUCUGCAUAGCACCCUCUGGCUCAUGUUGAGGCUGACCCCUGGUCUUGGGAAGACACAGUAAGACCUAGAACACAGGAGAGAAGAAUUUUGUUUUCCUUAGGCAAAGGGAACACUAAAAAUCAUUCCUCUCCUAAUUGUAGCCCUAGAUCAUGCAGAUAAACUGUAUGUUCUUUGUAGCAUCAAUUUAGAAGACGUCUAUUCAUUUGAAACCAGUCAAAACGUAGGGUGGUGUUGGUUGGGCAGUUGAAGGCCCCAGGUGUGUGGACAUGGCAUCUCCUGGGGACCCUCCUCCUCCCUGACCUGCCCUCAUCCUUGGCGUCCCCUGCGGGAACAAGAAAAGGGUAGGGCCUGUUGAGGGAAGUGGAGCUUUGAGUUUCCAUCCAGUGCUUUGUUUGUAUGUAUGUAUGUAUGUAUGUAUUUAUUUAUUUAUUUAUUUAUUUAUUAUUUAUUCUUUUUUUCCCCCCAGUGCUUUGUUUUUAAAAGGACGCCCCCUUUUCCGUCUUGCAAUAUUCCGUCUGGUGGUGGGUUAGCUGGCUGGGGAGGGGCUUGGGGGUUCUGGAGUGGCUGUCCUGCAUCUUGGGGAGCCCACGCCGUCCACCGUGGAGCCCCAGGCUGGGUGGGUGACCCCACAGCAAUAUGUGGGGGAAGCAUAAUUACCCCUUUUGAAACUGAGUCUUGGGGGGGGGUGCCAGGAUUUUGUUUUUGUUUGUUUUACUUAGGGACUUUACCACGUGGCAGAGCCAGGAUUCAAACUGCUUUCUGCCUUACCAAGUCUCUUCAAUUUACUCUCUCCCCUCAGGGAUCCUAUUAUCUAUGGCUUCCAAGAAAGUGUCUACCUGUGGUGAACAUUUCAGGCCAGAAAAAUUAAAAGAAUGGCCAGAGCUCGAGUCAGUUGCUUUAAUGGAGGUGUUAGCUAGAGAAGACAUUGAUGAAGCUGUACAUGCAAUAUUAUUUAGAGAAAAUUACAUUGCCAAGGUUAUGUUGCCUUUGUUUUGUGAUUCCCUGUUUAGAAGAUGGCAAGAGAUGGAUGAAGAGAAGAGAGCCGUUUUUCAAAAUAAGACAGGAAAACGAUACACCUUAAAAGAAUGUAAAGACCUAGAGAAGGCCAGGCUUUAUGCCACAUUGCCCCAUUUCACUUUUACUCUACAUGAUGUUAUUCUAGAGUGGCAUAAAGCCUCUGCGAGAUCUACCAUUUUUGAAAGGCAAUUUCAUUCCUCAAAGCUCAGCCAGGAGAAUGGAAGGGAAGAGAGGAAUUGUGUGGUGAGCAGAGAUCUGGGGGAGCAGGGCUGGGAUGGCACAAGUUGCAACAUGCACAAGAUGACAGGCAUUGAUUUUGGAAUUUGAGCCAUUGACACAUCCCUCCUUGUGACACAGGUUCCCCAGGGUAGAGAAGGCAGGAGGCAAAAAAGGGAGUGGAAAGGAUGUUGCAGAAGAUUUACUUCAUGCACAGGAAAUGGUGGGGUUGCCUCUGGGCUUGGUGCUGCUGCGCCCUGUGGCAGGGAGUCUGGGGUUUGGAAACUCAGAAAAGGUGCACAUAGUGGGACCCCAGAACCUGCUUUGGAGGACAGAUUGUGUCCUCACGAGGUUCGAGGUGCCAGACAGCACAGACCACAACCCUGGGUGCCUGGGGAAGGCCAGUAUAGGUGGGGGUCACAGCCCGUGUUAAGAAGAGUGAUGAUGGCAAAAGUCCUGGGGCGGCACCCGGCCUCCCUGCAGCUGGGGUUCAGGCAUGGCUGCAGGGAACGGUGCCAUCUGUAAGGAGGCCAUGGUAAUAAAGCUUCGCUGAGCUUUACUUCCUCAUUUGUGUGCCAACAGUUAAAAUGCUGCCAAUGGGUUUUCUCUCUCCAGAAGUGUAAGAUGUUGCAAGCAGUAACAAACAAUAAUAGUUACUGUUUAUUGAGCUGUUGUGAACUAGGAACUGUGUGAGAUAUUUUUAUAUAUUAAAAAAAAAAUUUUAAGUUUAGUUAUUUAUUUUGAGAGAGAGAGAGUACUAGUGGAGGAAGGGCAGAGAGAGACAGG